AUAAUCAUAUCAAUACAAUCUAAUUGUCUCUAAUUGUCUCCUGUAUAUUUCUCAGAGAUGGAAACCUCUAACCUCGCCAGUCAAACAAAUCUUCUAUCGAAGGUAGACUUGGAAAAACAAAACCCUACCUCCAUUUUCCCGACAAUCACUGAAAUUAAAACAGAAGCAAGGUCUCUAUUCUCUUUAGCCUUCCCGACAAUCCUUGCUGCUCUUAUCCUCUAUGCUCGCUCUGCCAUCUCGAUGCUCUUCCUCGGCCAUAUAGGAGAACUAGAGCUCGCUGGUGGAUCCCUAGCCAUUGCCUUUGCCAACAUCACAGGCUACUCCGUUCUCGCAGGCCUUGCACUCGGCAUGGACCCACUCUGUUCACAAGCCUUUGGAGCCGGCAAACCGAAACUCCUCUCUCUAACUCUCCAACGAGCCAUACUUUUUUUACUCACUAGUUCGCUAGUAAUCGUUGCUUUAUGGCUUAACUUGGGAAAGAUCAUGAUCUAUCUCCAUCAAGAUCCAAACAUCUCCUCGUUGGCUCAGACAUAUAUCCUCUGCUCUAUUCCUGAUUUGCUCACAAAUUCCGUUCUUCACCCUCUUCGUAUAUACCUUCGAGCCCAAGGUAUCACAAGCCCACUAACUCUUGCAACACUCGCCGGCACCAUCUUCCAUAUACCCAUCAAUUUCAUCCUCGUUUCUUACAUGGGAUGGGGUUUCAUGGGUGUUUCAAUGGCCGCAGCCGCUUCAAAUCUUUUUGUUGUCAUUUUCCUCGUGGCACACGUUUGGAUCACAGGUCUACAUCAGCCAACGUGGACCAGCCCCAGCUCAGAAUGUUUCAAAGACUGGGGGCCACUGGUCAGCCUAGCCAUACCUAGCUGCGUCGGGGUAUGUUUAGAGUGGUGGUGGUACGAGAUCAUGACCGUUCUAUGCGGUUUGCUCAUAAACCCUAGUACUCCAGUGGCAGCAAUGGGAAUACUAAUCCAAACAACGUCUUUGCUUUACAUUUUCCCUUCGUCUCUAGGGUUUGCAGUCUCCACCCGCGUCGGUAACGAACUUGGGUCAAACCGCCCCAACACGGCUAGGUUAUCAGCCAUAGUAGCCGUUUCCUUUGCCGGGGUAAUGGGUAUGACGUCGUCUGCUUUUGCUUGGGGCGUAAGUGAUGUCUGGGGAAGGAUCUUCACAAACGACGUUGAUAUCAUCCAAUUGACCGCAGCCGCACUGCCAAUUCUUGGGCUCUGCGAGCUCGGGAACUGCCCGCAAACAGUAGGCUGCGGGGUUGUUAGAGGCACGGCACGGCCGUCCAAGGCUGCCAACAUAAACCUAGGAGCGUUUUACCUCGUUGGAACGCCAGUAGCUGUUGGGUUAACGUUUUGGGUCGCAUAUGGAUUUUCCGGACUUUGGUUAGGUCUCUUAGCCGCUCAGAUAUGUUGUGCUGCCAUGAUGCUUUAUGUCGUGGCCACUACGGACUGGGAGAAAGAAGCAACGAGAGCCAGGAAGCUAACGUGCAGCGAAAGCUUUGAUGUGGCAAUAACAACGCAAACAAACGGAGACUUAUCGGAUCCAUUAAUUUACGUUGUCACUGUUGCUACUGACUGACAUGAUCAAUCGUAUGCUUUGAGUUGUUUAAUUAAUUAAAUCUUUUUAUUAUUAUUGUAAUGAUCGGUUUUUUUUUGGGAGGGUGGUGUGAGAAUUUGUACUUUUAA